AUUUUAAUCUCAGAGAGUAUAGCCAAAUGUCAAAUAUGUUAGCUUGCUCCAAUUCCGUCUUUGAAAUCAACAAAAUUUUUCGAAAAUAACAAAUCAGUUUCAGCUCUUUUGAGGUUUAACACAUAUCUCUGAUUAAGUGUUUAGUUAGUUUGUGCGAUAUGUUUCAUUGGUCAAUAACGUACGGGUUGUUUGUGGGACUUUGGUUCAUCUCCCUGCAAGGGGUUUUCGGUCAAAUUGCCUACACACGUCAUCUUUCGGAUUUGCGUAUCAAGGAAUUACAAAAUCUAGCUAUUAAACUGGACCAUUCCAUUUACAAAGAAAAACCACCAUGUGAAAUGUACUACGAAUAUGUUUGCAAUCGAAAUCAACCAAUGUUUUCAAUCAUGGGCAAUUUACCAUGUGAAAGUGAAUUAAUUGAUCUUUUGAUCGACUUACAAAACGAUGAUCAGAAAUUCUCAGCGAAACGAAAAUUGAUGGACUUUUUCUUAUCGUGUAAUUUGGUUAAAUCAGUUGAUGAUUGUUAUCGUGAAUCCUUUGAUUAUUUCCGUCCGGUAUUCGGAUAUAUUGUGGCAAAUAAACAUAUGGAUACACAUGAUCAUAAGAAUCUUAUGGAUUUAUUGGAGAGAUUUAUUCAAAGAGCUAAGAGGACGGAAAAUUUUUCUGGUCAUUUAUUCCGGUACAAAUUGGAAUCGCUAAAAGACAGAUUCAAGGAUCCAAGGAUUUACUUUAAGAUGUCCGACUUGGAUAACGAAUACAAGAAUGUCAGAAUUUACCGCGAUGGCUAUGAGCAUAACAUAAAAUCACUAGAAGACCUCCGCAAAAGCAACAAUGAGACUUACGCGCGUGGUGUGCCCAAGACUAUCCUCGAUUGGACAAUGUAUAUGUAUCAAAGUCGAAACAAACCCAUGUCUUAUUACAUGUCAACAUUAAAUGUACAUCUUUGGAUGAUGUUUUACAAUAGCUCGGCAAGAAUGGAACCCAAAAAAUACUCCGAUAUUGCUGAUUGUCUUAAACUUCCACCCAUCAUAAAUGCUUUAGAUGAGGCACGUUUAAUGGCUGUUAUUUACAUUAAGAGUUUCCAACAUGCAUGGGCAGAAUAUAGGGAUUGGAUAACAUCGACAACAGUCACACAAGAGAUCUACGAUCAUGAGAAUGAAAUUUUAAAACGUUACAAGUUGGAUAACAAACGUUUAUUUUUUACACUUUAUGCACAGAAUUUCUGCGAUUUUGGAAGAGAAAUAGCUGAGAAUGUAUUCUUUUUGGGAUUGAAGCAGAAUCAUGACUUUUAUACAGUUUAUUCUUGUGGAUAUCAAACUUUAAAAGGCGUAGAAUGUGUUUAGAGAUAGUGGAAUAAAGAAAUAAAUAUUUUGUACUAGUUUGUAGUUUUGUAAUAUACAAAUUAAUUGGUUUUUGUAAAUCAGGCCUAUAAGAUAUUGGUUAAACAUUAAAUAUGUAUAAUUUUGGUUGGAAAUCAAAUACAAAAGUCAAAAUAUUUUUAUUAGAAGUAAAGUCUUCAGGUUUAACAAAUUUUGAAGAUUUUCUAUCAUGU